AAACAGUACCUCUUGUUAUUGUUAAAAACGAAAGAAAUUUCCAGCAAAUCAAAUCAAACUUUUCACUUUCCCAAAAAAAUAAAUUAAAAAUCUGCCAAAAUGUCUUAUAUGUUAGCUCAUCUCCACAACGGCUGGCAAGUCGAUCAAGCAAUUUUAAGCGAAGAUGACAGAGUAGUCGUAAUCCGCUUUGGUCACGAUUGGGACCCCGCAUGCAUGAAAAUGGACGAAGUAAUGUACAGCAUAGCGGAAAAAGUGAAAAAUUUCGCCGUCAUUUACUUAGUAGACAUCACAGAAGUUCCUGAUUUCAAUAAAAUGUACGAAUUGUAUGAUCCUUGCACAGUGAUGUUCUUUUUCCGAAACAAACAUAUUAUGAUCGAUUUGGGUACAGGUAACAACAAUAAGAUUAACUGGCCAUUGGAAGAUAAACAGGAGAUGAUCGAUAUUGUGGAGACUGUGUACAGAGGAGCUCGCAAGGGACGUGGUUUAGUCGUUUCGCCGAAAGAUUACUCCACGAAAUAUAGAUAUUAAAGGAAUUUUAUGCUUAAAAAUUGUAUUAAUAAAUUAAAUUUAAUUAUAAGACAAAGUCAAAA